UCCUCUUUCAAGCUCCACCAACACUGCUACUACCCCUCUAGUCCCCCCUGCUGCAGAGAAAGAAAAUUACACCGGGAUCAAUGCAGCCGGCAAUGAUGAUGUUUUCCAGUAAAUACUGGGCAAGGAGAGGGUUUUCCCUGGAUUCAGCGGUGCCUGAAGAGUUACUUGGCAGCGUAACACUAAACAAAACUGGCUCUGGCAAAAAUGAUGACAAGAAAAGUAGUAAGGGGAACAGCAAAAGUGAAGCCGCUACUGAAAGUGGCAAGACGGCCGUCGUAUUCUCUUUGAAAAACGAAGUUGGUGGAUUGGUAAAAGCUCUGAGACUCUUUCAGGAGAAACAUGUCAACAUGGUUCAUAUCGAAUCCAGGAAAUCCCGGCGAAGAAGUUCUGAGGUUGAAAUCUUCGUGGACUGUGAGUGCGGUAAAACAGAAUUCAAUGAGCUCAUCCAGUCGCUGAAAUUUCAAACCACAAUUGUGACACUGAACCCGCCAGAGAACAUUUGGACAGAAGAAGAAGAGCUAGAGGAUGUGCCAUGGUUCCCCCGGAAGAUCUCUGAGUUAGACAAAUGCUCUCACAGAGUUCUCAUGUAUGGUUCUGAACUUGAUGCCGAUCACCCAGGAUUUAAGGACAAUGUCUAUCGACAGAGAAGGAAGUAUUUUGUGGAUGUGGCCAUGGGCUAUAAAUAUGGUCAGCCCAUUCCUAGGGUGGAGUACACGGAAGAAGAGACUAAAACUUGGGGUGUUGUGUUUCGUGAGCUCUCCAAACUCUAUCCCACUCAUGCUUGCCGGGAGUAUUUGAAAAACUUCCCUCUGCUGACUAAAUACUGUGGCUACAGGGAGGACAACGUGCCCCAACUUGAAGAUGUCUCCGUGUUUCUGAAAGAAAGGUCUGGCUUCACAGUGAGGCCAGUGGCUGGAUACCUGAGUCCACGAGACUUUCUGGCAGGACUGGCCUACAGAGUGUUCCACUGUACUCAGUACAUCCGACAUGGCUCAGACCCUCUCUACACCCCAGAACCAGACACAUGUCAUGAACUCCUAGGUCACGUCCCAUUACUUGCAGAUCCUAAGUUUGCUCAGUUUUCACAAGAAAUAGGCCUGGCAUCUCUGGGAGCUUCUGAUGAUGAUGUUCAGAAACUUGCCACGUGCUAUUUCUUCACGAUUGAGUUUGGCCUUUGCAAACAAGAAGGACAGUUGCGGGCCUAUGGAGCAGGACUACUUUCCUCCAUUGGAGAAUUAAAGCAUGCUCUUUCUGACAAGGCGUGUGUGAAAGCCUUUGACCCAAAGACAACCUGCUUACAGGAAUGCCUUAUCACUACAUUCCAGGAAGCCUACUUCGUUUCAGAAAGUUUUGAAGAAGCCAAAGAAAAGAUGAGGGACUUCGCAAAGUCAAUUACCCGUCCCUUCUCCGUAUACUUCAAUCCCUACACACAGAGUAUUGAAAUUCUGAAAGACACCAGAAGUAUUGAAAACGUGGUUCAGGAUCUCCGCAGUGAUUUGAACACAGUGUGUGAUGCCUUAAACAAAAUGAACCACUACCUGGGGAUCUGAUGCCUGGGACCAGUGUUGAUGCCAGCAUGUUCUUUUUGGGGCUUAGCAGCAAUUCAGUCAAUGUCAUAUAAAACACCAGUAACUUUCUGUAUCAUGGCUAGGC